AUGUUUUGGAUAUUUUUUGUUUUACUGGUAUUUUCUACUGGUGGUGGUAUUUUUAUCAGUAAAAUAGACAAUAACAUACUCAUCGGUAAUAUAUCUAAUUCAUUAUGGAAUAUAACACAAAAUCAAUGUAUAUGUGAAAUGACACAAUCAAACGGAAUCAUAUCGACAUUAAAUUAUUUUUCAACAAAUCAAACUUGUCAAUUAUUUUAUACAAAUGAUAGUUCGAUUUUAGUUGAAUCUAAUCUCAAUUCUUCUUUGAUAUUUACGAAUCAAUCAGCAAUAUUCAUAGCACAGAAUCAGAUCACUUCAACAGCAGCGUCAACAACAACAACAACAGUAUGUACUCAACCAUCCUGGUCACAAACUGCGACUACCAUAUUUGGCAGCCAAGCAGGUACAUCUGGCGCUAACCUUACACUUCUUUCUAAUCCAAUUGGAAUGUAUUAUGACGGUCCUAACAGUAUGUUAACAGUUGUGGAUUAUGGAAAUCAACGUGUUCUAAAAUUUUCUCUUAAUAAUCCGUCUUCAGUGGCAACAGUAAUUGCUGGAAGUAAUGGGGUUGGUUGCAACAUGAGUCAGUUUUAUUUGCCUAAUGGAAUAGGUGUCGAUAGUUCUGGUCAAUUGUAUGUAUCAGAUUACCAAUGCAAUCAGGUCGUUACAUUUCCAUCAAAUUCAAAUUCGACGACGUCUGGAACACUUCUAGGUUCUGUAGCUGGAGCAGCAUUGAUAUCCAUAAAUCAGUUAACUAAUGAUAUCUAUGUAGUAAGCUAUUAUGGUAAUGUAGUAUACAAGUUUGUUGGAGGUAGUGGAUCACCAGUGGUUGCAGCAGGUGGCAAUGGUAAUGGAAAUGCCUUAAAUCAGCUAUCAUACCCAGUUGGUGUUUACUAUGAUUAUUUAUAUACAAAUUCGUUGUACGUUGCCGAUAGUAGCAAUAAUCGUGUAUUGAAAUUUCCAUCAAAUUCAACAAGUGCAAAUUAUGGAACAGUUGUUGCUGGAGGUAAUGGACCUGGAAUUGGAGCGAAUCAGCUGAAUGAUUCAAGAUCUAUAGUGGUCGAUAGUAAUGGAACUCUCUAUAUAGCUGAUGCAGGUAACAAUCGUAUUCAACGUUGGCUGCAAAAUGCAACUAAUGGCACUACAAUCGUUGGUGGUACACAAGGAGCAGCAUCAAAUCAACUCAAUUGGCCUGAAACUGUCCUAUUUGAUAAAUAUGUUCAUCGAAAUCUCGACAGAGGAUUGAACAUCACAAGAAUUAAAACAACAUUACGGCAGCAUGAAAUCUCAUUUGCAGCAAUUAACAAAUCGAAAUCCGGGUCGACUCUCUAUAUUGGUAUUAAACAAGCUGAAAAUAUUAAUGAAUAUGAACGAAUUGUUCGAGAUUUAUUUACAAAUGAACAUUUCUUAAGGCGUGUCGCAACAUAG